UUCGAUGAUAAAAUAAAGAGAGCCUUGUUUCUAGUGCUUCCGCUCUCUCUUCUUCUGGGCUCUGCAUCUGCUUGGGAACGACGGCGGCAGACUCGAAGUGGGGGAAGCCGGCGUCUCUCCGGAGCUUCGUUCGUCGGAAUUCCUUCGAUCGCCGAAGCUGAGUCCGACUCGCUCCUCCUUCUUCGCCGAUCUCGCGAACUCGAGGCUCUUCAGUCAGCAAUGAUUUACACUGCAAUCGACAACUUCUACCUGACGGAUGAGCAGUUGAAGAACUCGCCUUCCAGGAAAGAUGGAAUUGAUGAAGCAACAGAAACAACUCUAAGAAUUUAUGGCUGUGACUUGAUUCAAGAAAGUGGCAUACUACUCAAACUACCACAAGCUGUGAUGGCCACGGGUCAGGUUCUCUUUCAUCGUUUUUAUUGCAAGAAGUCAUUCACCCGUUUUCAUGUUAAGAAAGUUGCCGCAAGCUGUGUUUGGCUAGCAUCAAAGCUUGAGGAAAGUCCUAGGAAGGCUAGGCAAGUCCUCAUUGUUUUCCAUCGCAUGGAAUGUAGGAGGGAAAACUUGCCAAUAGAGCAUCUGGAACUGGGUUCAAAGAAGUAUGCAGAGCUGAAGAUAGAGUUAAGCAGAACAGAAAGGCAUAUUUUGAAAGAGAUGGGUUUCAUCUGUCAUGUCGAGCAUCCUCACAAAUUUAUUUCAAACUACCUUGCAACAUUGGGAACACCUCCAGAAUUGAGACAGGAAGCCUGGAAUCUGGCAAAUGAUAGUUUGCGUACUACUUUGUGUGUUCGUUUCAAGAGUGAGGUUGUGGCGUGUGGAGUUGUACAUGCUGCUGCUCGGAGGUUCCAAGUGCCCCUUCCUGAAAAUCCGCCAUGGUGGAAGGUGUUUGAUGCGGACAAAGAUGGAAUCGAUGAAGUUUGUAGGGUUUUGGCUCAUUUAUACAGCCUGCCCAAAGCAGAAUAUAUUCCAGUAUGUAAGGAUGGAGACUCCUUUUCUUUCUCCAUGAAGUCCUUGGAUCUACAAUCUAAGCCAGCUUCGAAGGAGGUUCCACCGAGUAGCCCCCUGGUUAAUACUGACUCUAAUGCUGCCAAGACUGCCCCAUUAUCUGGCAAUCUGGAAUCCGGUGGAUCCAAGGGUGAAUUAGUAGAUUCAAAUGGGAAGGAAUCUAGAAAGAGUGAUGAUGAAUCCACUAUUGUGCCAGCUGAGGGCGGGGUAAAAGAUGAUUCUUUCCCUAAGCCAAAGUCUGAGCACAGAAAUGAGGCUAGUGGGGAAAGGAACAAGGAGAGAGAGAAGGACAGAGAGAGGGAGAGGGAUAGGGACAGAGAGAGGGAUAGGGAUAGGGAUAGGGAGAGGGAGAGGGAGAGAAUUAAGUCCAGAGAUCGUGAUAGGGGAAGGGACUCUGACAGGGAAAGAGAACGGGAAGACUCCGAUAGAGAUAAGACUAGAGAAAGACGUCACCGCUCAAAAGACGGGGGCAAGGAUUCAGGACAUUCGGAUAAAUCAAGACACCACUCUUCACGAGAUCGGGAAUACCGCAGUUCCUCAUAUUCUUCCAGGGACAAGGAAAGGCACAGACAUCAUUAAUAUGCUUGAAGCAGUUGCCACCUGCCACAAUGCAGUAGGAUAUUCCAGUGGCUCAAUCCAGAUCUUGUAACAUAAGAGAAAUUUCGUGCUUUCAGUUUUGUGCAACUGACUUACCAAACUGUCUAUACAGGGGGCAUGUUUCCUGUGAAUUUAGUUGCCUUGAAGAGUUAAUCUUGAGUUUAUCUCUGCUGUUUCGAUGAUAAUGGAUGAAUAUUAGUUACUAAAAUACUUCAGCGUUUUUUUCAA